AUGACCUACGAUGAGCCGGAGUAUCUGCCAGGCACUUCUCGUCUGCUGAACCAUGGCGAGAUUAUUCUCACUCCGCCACCAACCAAAUCCGUGAAUGAUCCGUUGAACUGGUCCAAGUAUCGCAAAUAUUGGCAUGCCCUUCUGGUAUGCUUUCUGACCGGACUCACUGCCGCAACCUCGAACGAUGCUGGCUCGGCCCAGUUUGGCGAGAAUGUCGAACUCGGUAUCUCGUACGAUGCCAUGAACACCGGUGCUGGUGUAUUAUUCCUUGGCAUCGGCUAUGGCACUCUGUUCCUGUCGCCUGCAGCGUGGCUCUGGGGUCGCCGUUGCACUUAUCUCUUCUGUAUUACCAUGGGUCUUCUUGGUUCCAUUUGGAUGGCCAAGACUCAAACGACUGCCGACUCCAUCUGGAAUCAAUUGUUUGUCGGCAUCUCGGAGUCCUGCGCAGAAGCUAACGUGCAACUCUCGCUCUCUGACCUGUUUUUUGAGCAUCAGCGGGGAACUUUUAUUGGAGUCUAUGUUCUGGCCACCAGUAUCGGAACAUACCUGGGCCCCCUCAUAGCAGGAUACGUGGCUGAUAGUAGCUUGGGUUGGCGUUGGAUUGGCUGGCUAGCAGUCAUUAUCUCCGGCGCCACUAUCGCUGUUAUCUAUUUUACCCUUGAGGAGACAAUGUUUGACCGACCUGCAUACCAAGGAGGCGAGAUUUACCCUCCGGUCGUAGCCACUGCAGAGCCGGAGUUGGGAUUGCAGGAAAAAAGAGAAGGUGUAUCAAAUGUUGUGACCACACCGACGGCUGUGGCAGAUGAGAAGCCAAAGACAUACUGGCAGCGCAUUGCACUCAUCACGCCGGCACCCAAUCUAAUCGGCCUUGGUUUCAAGCAGUACUUCGUUCGACUAAUGCAUACUCUGCGUGUGUUCUCGUUUCCUGCAGUCAUCUACUCCGGCCUUCAGUGGGGUGCUCAAGACGCCUGGCUCACAUUCUAUCUUACUGUUGAGGACGACAACUGGAGCGAGCCACCCUGGAACUAUGGAGAUGUUGGAGUCGGUUUGAUGAACGUUCCGUGUCUCAUCGGGGCCGUUCUCGGUUGUUUGUAUGGAGGCUAUCUGUCCGACGUCUUUAUGAUCUGGAUGGCGAAGAGGAAUGGCGGAAUCCGUGAAGCUGAGCACCGAUUAUGGUUCUUGUUUCCAUUGGCCAUCAUCUCGCCGUUGGGCAUGCUGCUCUUCGGAAUUGGCACCGGGCAAGCGUGGUCGUGGCCAGGUCCAUAUAUUGGUCUAGGCUUAAUCGGAUUCGGAUGGGGAUGCACUGGGGAUUUGAGCAUGGCGUAUUUGAUGGAUGCGUAUCCCGAGAUGGUCUUGGAGGGCAUGGUUGGAGUGUCCGUCAUCAACAAUUCCAUUGCAUGUGUCCUGACGUUCACCGCCAGCAUGUGGCUUGACGAACAAGGCGUUCAAAACACCUUUAUUGUCAUUGCAGUCCUCGACUUUGUCUUUGUCUUGACCACCGUACCAAUGAUGAUCUGGGGGAAGAAGUGUCGACAGUGGACGAAGGCCCGCUAUCUUGAGUUCGUGCGCAUCCGCGAUUCUUUGUGA